AUGAGAGAGGGGGUGGAGGGAAAGCUGACUCCCUCUGCCUUUCAGAAGGAGAUGUCUCUCACCAUCAAGCAGAGGCUGGCCAGCACUCAGGAGAUGAAUCUGCCCCAGGUUGUCCAGCUUCAAGACAAGAGCAAGACCUCCAUUACAAGGAGGACUCAGGGCUCUGUCACUCCAGCAGCUGGCCUGGAUCACAGCUCACCUCAGCCUUGCCCACCAGAGGUGAUGUUUCACAACUACAGCCCUGCUGAGGUCUGUGAAGUGCCACUGGCUCUGAGGAGCAGGGACGAGGAUUAUUUCCACCAGCUCCUCUGCACCACUGAAAGGGAAGAGUUCAUUGUGCCAAUUUGUGCCAUUGUUUCCUGUGCCAUCCUGGACUCCCCUGGCCAGCUGGACUUCUCACUCUGUUGGGUCAAGUGCAGCACCCUGAAGGCUCUGCUGGUUGGAAACCAGGGCAGCUCAUUGCCAGCUGAGCACCCAGAGGUGAGGCAGUAUCACAGGAUAUAUCAGCAGCAAAGGCAGAAGUUGUAUGGUUUUCUGAAGGAGCGUGAAGUGGACAUCACUUGCCGAGAACGCCUUGCUCUUCUCAACCACACCUUCCAGAGUGAGAUAACAAAGAUCAGAGGAGAUCCCAUGCUGUUAGAGGAUGACAUUUUCUCCCUUGAGCCGAAGGAGGGUGAGAUCAGGCCGAAUUGCUCGGCUGAAAUCAGCGUGUUCUUUAAGCCCCAAGAAACCCAGGUCUAUAAUCAAGCAGUUUACUGUGGCAUCUCAGGCCGUGAGAACAGGCUGCCCCUGCUCCUCAAAGGGGAAGGCCUCGGGCCCCGGGUCCAUUUCCACUUUGAGGAAAUGAACAUCGGGGAGGUUUUUAUCAGAGCAACCCACAGAUAUGAGGCAUACCUGAUCAACGAUGGGCCUAUUGAGGCUCCCUUCAAACUCAUCCCUCCAACUACAGCCAUGGGCUCCUGCUUCACCUUCCUGCCCCAGGAGGGCAUCGUGGCACCAGAGGAGGUCCAGGUCAUCCAGGUCUCCUUCUGUCCCACCAUCCGGGGGGAGUUUGAGGAAGAAUUCUGCUUCCAUGUGACUGAAUGCCCUAAGCCUGUGACCUUCACUAUGAGGGGCUCCGUGAUGGGACCCACUUUCCAUUUUGAUGUGUCCGCCCUGCACUUCGGUGACAUGGCCUUUGGGCUGCUGGUGCCUCAGGCUGGGAAAGGUUCCUGCUGGAGGAUUGAGCCCAGCAAAGGAGUGGUCCCCCCUAAUUCUGAGGUGUCCGUGGCUGUCAUAGCAAACCUGAAUGACACAGUGAAAUUCCAGGAGAAGGUGAAGGUGUUCAUUGAGAACAGCCCUGUGACCAUCGUCUCCCUACAGGCUGUGGGCAUUGGCACCACAGUUGUCACGGACAAACCUCUCGUUCCGAAGCUCGACUUGAAGUCCUGCUUCAGCUUUAGUCGCUGCUUUUACCACUUCCAGCUGACAAACAAAGGCCGCCGCAUCCAGCGGCUGUACUGGAGCACAGAGGGGUUCCACACCUUCCACCGCAGCUCUCGGGCCCCUGCCCCCACUGGCACCAAGGGCAAAGGUGCUCCCCAAAUCCCCAGGCCUGGCAGCCCCGUGUUCAAGCUGUCACCAAUGCAGGUGGAGCUGAGGCCGGGCCAGACGGUGGACAUGAUGCUGGAAGGCUGCUCCAGCACUGUCCAGGAGGUGAAGGAGCAGCUGGUGUGUCACGCUGUGGUGGGGAAAGAGACAACAAAGAAACAGAUCCUGCAAGUGGAUGUCAUCUGCAACUUCAUUUGCCCUGAAGUGCAAAUAUCCCCCAGAGCCAUCGCUUUCCGUGUGGAAAAGAAACCCAGUGAUGUCCUGACACUGCAGUACCAGCCGCUGACAUUAAAAAACACCAGCUCCCUGCCAUUCAGCAUUGUGCUGGACUUGGAGCAGCCCUUCCAGAUCUGCAAUGUGAAGCGGAAGCCCCUCCCUGCAAAUUCCCAGCCUUUGAGAGUGGAUGUAGGGAAGGAACUUCAUCUCUGCAUCCGGUUUAACCCAGCUUAUAAGAACAAUAUGAUCAGCUGGGUGGUAAAGAAGGUUCUCAGGGGUCUGCUCAUGAAGGUGCUGUGCACCAAGAACGGGCACACAAAAAACUUGUUGGAAUUUGAUGAGGCCCAGGUGGAAAUGGGCCGCAGUGGCUGA